AUGCUGAAAAAAAAGAAGGAAGCCCGUGAUCAUUCAGCUCUUCCUUCCCUUUCCCUUCUCAUCACUCGAAAACCCCCCAAAUCAAGAAGUCGAGAGCCAAGCGCUUUCCUUCCUUCCUUCCAACACCAACCAACACCGACACCAGAACCAACAAGGCAAUCACACUCGGCUCACACCCUUGUUUCCUUCCUCAUUGCAAAAUUCUUGUCCUCCUCUCGGGUCCAGGUCUCUUGCCUCACACCACAGACCGAGGCAUCUUCACCUUGA